AUGAGCAACGCCACUGUCGUUGUGGUCACGUCGGGCAAAGGCGGGGUUGGCAAGACGACCACAACCGCCGCGAUUGCUUCGGCGCUUGCCAAAGAAGGCUACCAGGUCUGUGCGAUCGAUUUCGAUGUCGGGCUGCGCAAUCUCGAUCUGAUCAUGGGCGCGGAGCGCCGGGUGGUGUUCGACCUCGUCAACGUUGUACGCGGCGAAGCGUCUAUCAAGCAGGCCCUGGUGCGCGACAAGAAGCUCAACAAUCUGUUCCUGCUGCCGGCGUCCCAGACCCGUGACAAGGAUGCCCUCACCGAGGAGGGUGUCGCCAGUGUCAUCAACGAGUUGCGCAUGUAUUUCGACUGGGUGAUCUGCGACAGCCCGGCCGGCAUCGAACGCGGAGCGACACUUGCCAUGCGCCACGCCGACGAGGCCAUCAUCGUUUCCAAUCCGGAAGUGUCUUCCGUUCGGGACUGUGACCGGAUCAUCGGUUUGCUCGAUGCCAAGACCAAGGUUGCGGAAGACGGUGGCCGGAUGCCCAAGCAUCUGAUGAUCACGCGCUAUGACACGGACCGCGCAAAGACUGGCGACAUGCUGGCAACUGACGAUGUGGUCGACAUUCUUUCGGUUCCGCUGAUCGGCGUCGUACCGGAGAGCAAGGAUGUUCUGAAGGCGUCCAAUGUCGGCCUCCCCGUCACGUUGUCGGAUGAAAAUUCUCCGGCUGCAAAAGCGUACAUGGAAGCGACGCGCCGUCUGCUCGGGGAAAACAUCCCGGUCACAAUCCCGGAAGAGAAGAAGAGCCUGUUCGGCAAGCUCUUCAAAGGGAGGGCCGCAUGA